UUAAAUUUAAUUUCUAAUUGUACUAUUCUGGGCUUAUGCAGACUUAAAAAUAUCAGCUGGAUGGAAUACAAACUUCAUUUACUCUUCACCUUCAUAGAACUGGGCUUGUGGACAGAUCACUGGGCGUCUUGAUGAACCCAAACUGCAAAAAUGGUUAAAAAUGAAGCACAGCAGCGUGGAGGCAAAAAGAAAUAAAAUCAAUGUUUUUGACGAGUUCAAGUCUUGUUGCAAGUUUCACAAAAGCCAAUGGAUCUCCACUGGAAGCUGGAGCCUUAAUGGUGGACCUUGAGGCUGCGAGCCAAGCUUUUGACCAGUUGCUGGCAAUCCCAUGGAUCAAACAAUCAGUGAAUAUAAAUCCCCUGGUUGAGUUGCUUAUUGACUCAAGAACUGCAUUGAAAUCUCCGGAGAUCCUCCUGGUUCUGCUGACUUGUCCCCUUCUGCAAGAAGACUCUAAUGUCAUGAGUGUAGUUUUGCCUCUGGAUAAUGGUGGUCGUCUCUGUCAGCUUCCAUUCUUAUUAAACACAUCAUGGUCUUCAAAAGUGCCCUGGCCUUCAUGCUGAAGAACGGCCUUUUAUCAACUCACAACCCUGGAGUUAAAUACCUGCUGGAAGCCCUGAAGCUGCUCUACAAAGCAAACAAAGCUGGAAACUCCUACAAAGUCCCGCUGAGCACCUUCUAUGUAGAAGAAGUCAGUACUACUGUGGAACCACAUGCGGACGUCACUCUAUGGAUUACGUUUUCCAAAGUGGAGGCCUCAGAUGGGAGAAUCUAUGAGCAUGUGAAAGACUAUCUGGUAGAGCUGUGUCGCACUGAGCUAGAGGCCUCCCAAGCGACGCACAACACCUACCAGUUCCUCUUGGACAAAUCCACCAGGAUAAUACAAGAGUUCAAUCAGCAGUUGUUUUUGCAGGAGAAUCCUGUGUUUCACAAAGCACACGACUUCCAGUUCCAGCCCAGCGAAUGUGACACGAGUCGUCAGCUGGAAUCAGAGUCAGGGACGACGGAGGAGCACAGUCUGAAUAAGGAGGCCAGGAAAUGGGCAACCAGAGUGGCCAGAGAGCCACUGCAAGAGAUCAUUGGAAGAGUGUGAAAGUCAUGGCUUACCCCCCACUGAGCAGGGCAGACUAGAUCUGGAACUGAAGAUAGAAGACACCAAAGAAAUGAU